AUGACCCACAAACCGUGCAAGGGCCCUCGCCUGGGCGUCCGUCACCUGCAAUCGUUUCUGCUCUUCCUCGGACUCACCGUGAUGCACAUCGCCCGGCUGAACGUGAGCGUGGCCAUUGUGGCCAUGACCAAUGCGGCCACCACGAAUCCCAAUUUUCCGGAAUUCGACUGGAAUGAGAAGCACAAAUCCUACAUCCUCUCCAGCUUCUAUUGGGGCUACAUCCUGACCCUCUGUCCUGGCAGCUUCCUGUGCCGUCGCUACGGCGCCAAGGUGGUCUUGUUUGUGGCCUGCUUCGGCACCGCCGUCUUUAGCCUGAUGACUCCCUGGUGCAUUUCCUGGGGCGGAUGGCAGGUGUUUUGCGCCAUUCGCAUAGUCCAGGGCUUGUUCCAAGGCGUAAUAUUCCCGUGCGUCACCGAGCACUUGGCCAUGUGGUCACCGCCGGAGGAAAGGAAUCGCCUGGGUGCCUUCAGCUACACGGGCACGGAUUGCGGCACUGUGCUGGCCAUGUUCAUCAGUGGCAUGAUUGCCAAGGGAGCCAUGGGCUGGCCCGGAAUUUCCUAUGUCUCUGGGUCACUCUGCGCCGCCUGGUGCUUCUUGUGGCUCAUCUUUGCGGCCAAUAAUGCCACGGAAUCGCGGUUCAUUGGCGAGGAGGAGUGCAAGUACAUUGAAUCCUCGCUCGAGCAUAACGAGGACUUCCACGAGCGAAGCAUACCCAUUCCGUGGAGGGCUAUCUGGACCUCGGUGCCCUUCCUGGCGCUCCUGGUGGCUCGCUGCUCGGAAACCUACGGCCUGAGUACCCUGCAGGCGGAGAUACCCUCGUACAUGAACGGAGUCCUCAACAUGGACAUCCAGAGCAACGCCGUGUUCUCAUCACUGCCCUUCCUGGCCAUGUGGCUGCUAUCCUAUGUCUACCUCAUAGCCGCCGAUGUCCUGCUAAAGAAGAAGUUCCUGUCGCUGACCUCGGUGCGGAAGCUCUUCAACACCCUCUCCUUCUGGAUCCCCGCUGGCUGUUUGAUUGGUAUCGGCUUCCUCAACGAGGACCACAAAAAGUUGGCCAUCAUCCUGAUGACUGUGUCGGUGGGCAUUAAUAGCGGAGCCACCAUUGGCAGCUCCCUGAACUCCAUCGAUCUGUCGCCGAAUCAUGCAGGCAUUCUGAUUGGAUUGAGCAACACGGUGGCGAACGUUAUUCCCAUCCUCACACCACUGAUUGCCGGAGUGAUCGUGGCCGAUAAGCACAAUCGCGGCCAGUGGCAGAUCGUCUUUGGACUGGCAGCCGUCAUUUUCUUUAUUGGCAACGUGGUCUUCGUCAUCUGGGGCACAGCCAAGGCACAGCCCUGGGAUGCGGACGACUAUCUGAAGCCCAAGGAUGCCGAGUCUGCGGCCAGCGAGAAGAAGAAGGAGAAGACACCACCGGCGGAGAUAGCACCACCCAUUGAUCCGGUGCUGGAGCAGCAAAUCACCUGGCCGGAGAGGUACACGGCACGGGUUAUGGAGUGA